AUGAAUGACAACCUGUUUGUCAGUUUGGACAGGCUUUUGUUAGAAUUUGUUUUCCAGUAUGAACAAGACAAAAGUACUAAAGAAGAUAUGAUUCAAAGAAUUAAUAAAUGCCUUGAAAGUAUUAAAGAAAACAAAGCAAAUGUUUCUAAGAUAUGUGAAGCUAUAAACAAAACAGAUGAGGAAAUUGCUUAUUACUAUAAACAUAAUAAAGAAAUCAAAGACUGCUGUAGUAACUGGAAGUCAACAUGUGAUGUUUUUCAUAAACAUGAAGAUUAUAUGCAAGACCAGCUUACUGUUUACCAAGAAAACAGUGAAAAAGACAAAAAAAUGUAUCAUGGUUAUAUAUGUCAGUAUAAAGAUGUUUUGAAACAAUACCAACUAAAAUACGCAGAAACACAUUCUUCAUGUAAAUAUUAUGAGAAGAAAAAAGAACACGAAGAAAUUCAAAACAGAGUGUUGGCAUGUACUGAACAACUAAAACAGAAUGAAACUAUACUUAUGGAACUUCUAGUGCCUGCUCCAUUCCCAUCACUUACUAAAUGGACAUUACACAUAGUUAAUUUGAGAUAUAAAACACAAGACAUUCUUAAAUGUGCCAACGAUUUUACCAAGAGAUCAUUUGAAUUGGAGAAAGAAGCAGGUGAUAUGGAAAUAGAAAUUAAUUCUUUAAACAAGCAAAUAACAAGACUUUUUGAAAGUAAGAAAUUUUCAGAAGCUCUAGAAGAAAAGAAUAAAAAUACAGAGAAGAGAAAAGAAUUUAAAGAAAGAAUUUUUGAAAAAGAUGAGCAUGUACUGAAUAGAUCCUCUCAAAGUAGCCAGUUGUUACCACCUUAUGAGUCUCAGAAAUUUGGAAGACUAAUAAAGAUGCAUUCUUCAGAACCAAGAGUUACAGAUAAAACAGAAGCAAAUUCAGUCAGUCACUCAAAGUUUGCUAGUAGUGAUCUGAAACAAAAAGAAAAUGAUUCACAGAUAUUUAAUGACUCUGGUAUGGAUAGUUGCUCAAAAAGUUCACAUGUUACAGCUGUUAAAAAUUCACAAGGUUUUAUGCAAUUCAGACUGAAUCAAUCAAAUUACAGUCAAUGGAUUGAAAAAGGACAUACAGAUGCUGAAUGUGGAAAUAAAGAGACACUAAAACAACUAAGAGAAUCAAAAUGUACUCCACAGGCCAUGUACAUAGAACACUUUGGAAAGUCAGUAGAAAAUAAUAGGGCUGAAGAAGAAGAAGAAGAAAGGACUGAGAAUUUUCCACACAUUCCUGAAACUCCUGUAUUUCUAAGAUCUCUGGAAGCUGUGAAGACACCUCAAUCUGUGGAGAAACUGCAGUUCCCUAAAAGCCCCUUCUUUGAAAUAACUAGAAAUGUACCUGAAGGACAAAAACAAAAGGAUCCUCCUGGAUUUUCAUUUCUUAUGAGUUAUACUUCUAGAUCGCCCGGACUAAAUUUAUUUGAUUCUUCUGUAUCUGAUUCAGAAAUCUCAUCAGAUCAGUUUAAUGAACAUUACUCUGCAGGAAACCUAAAUCCGCCUUCAUCACAAGAAGAAAUUGGAAACUUAUUUGGGAAAUCAGAAGGAGAAGAUACCUUCACAUUUUCCUUUCCCUCAGACUCUUCAACUCAAACAUUUGGAGCUGGAAAAGAUGACUUUAGUUUUCCAUUUUCUUUUGAACAGGAUCAAAAUACAGUAACUUCCUCUUCCUCAAAAGAUUUUUCAUCCUCACAAGAUAAAACACAAUUUAUGUUUUUUUGA